GACUGACGACUGAACUUCACUAUAGGAUAUAACGCUGAAACGCUAAAAAGAUUUUAAAGAAACAAAAUGGACGGAGCGUAGUGUUGAGUGUGUUAGCUAUUCGACUAACCAAGCGACAUUUUACACGAUUUUGUAAUUGAGUCUCAACAUUAGUUACGUUAGUUAGCUAGUACUAUUGGUGUGCUUUAUUAAGUUUAAUAUAGACUUUCAUUUUAUGUAAUUGUUUAAAUCGGUCGCUUUGGGGUAUGGUAUCCAUUUUGUGAUCAUUCGUGUUGUAUGGAGCCUAUUAUUAAAAUGGGUGCUGUUAAAUCCCUAUGGGUACGUGAGCAUAUCAUUAUAUUAAUUCACUCUUAAGGAGUGAUGGACUCAUACAACUUAUUUGGUGAUGAUGGCAGCGGUAUGUUGGAAGAACUUACUGACCUUGGUGGUUCUGAUAACUUUUCAAACCCUUCAAGUGGUGUAACUAGUGAAAACAAAGAGACUUCAGAGAAUAGUUACAGACAACCAUAUAGUUCUAACACCGUGGCUCAAGAAGGAACAGUGCAAAAACUGGCUUCGUUUGGCGGUGGAGGGUCGGGUGGGAUUCCAAAUAGCUCACAACCUGUGCCUAAUCCUGGUGCCGUUCCCCCAACCCCAGACUAUCAUGAAUACAGUGGAUACCCUCCACGGCCCCGAUUACCUCAACCACCUCAUGGCCCCAUACACCCUUCCCACCAUGUUCACCCAUCACAUGCCUAUCCAGGAUAUCACCCUGGACCUGAUCCAAUGUAUUCAAUGUCUGAACAAGGUAUUGGGGACAUGGGAGUUUGGUCUUCUGCACCAGGAGCAAACAGAUAUUCACCUAUCACACCUGGAUAUAGACAUAGUUAUGAACAUCAACAAAAAAUGCACCAAUAUGCUCCUCAACAGGGAAUAGGAGGUCUGCAACCUCAAAAUAGUUCAUAUCUUCCAAGACAGCCACAUUUUUCACAGACAUCUCAGCAGCUGUAUGGGCAACAACAGAACUAUCCCAACUAUACACAAAUGCACCCACCAUCAGCUACAAGAAUUAGCCAACAUCCUACAUAUCAUCAGCAAAUUGAUGUGAACUCACAUCAGUAUGGUUUACCACAUGCUCAACAAGGACAUGGCCCAAUGUCUCAACAUCAGAGUCAUCAGAAUAUGUCAUCACACUCCGGUCCGAUUGGUGCAGCACUACAAAAUCACCCCAGUUCACAUUUGCAUCAUGCUCCAACAUCUCUCCACCAUCCUCGCCAACCUUUAGUACCAUCUUCUGUUGGCCCGGGACACCCAUCCCAAAUGCCAUAUGGUACCUCCCAUCACUCAGUUCCUAUGAACUAUCAACCCCAUCAAGUGCAGCACCCACUCGAUGUGAAUGUAUCCAAUCAAUACAGUUCCGUCAAACCUGGGCUUGAGACUGGUAGCCCACAGUAUAGACCACCUUUUCCACAACUAUCGCCACAAAUGUCGCCUCGUGCACAAAUAUCUCCCAGGCAACAACCGCAAUCACAACCUCAAGUGUCUCCACGUCCAGUUAUGUCACCUGUAAAAGGUCCCAGCGCUUCGCCACAUAGUGCUCGCGCUUUGGUACAGACGCCUGCUACAUCUGGCCCUCCACCUGUAUCUGGGUCCUACACUUCCCAAAACACACUUCAGGCUCUUGAACAAAUGGUUUUGCCUCCAAGUGGCGAUUACCCUUUCCAACGUAGCCAGGUUACUUCAGCAAUAGGGCAUAAUGUUGCUUCAACAUCGCAGUGGAGUCAAAAUAAAAUUACUUUACCAAUGGGUAAUAUACCACCGUUAGACUCUUCAGAUGCAAAUAUAAAGAAUGUAGAAGCGUCAGCGAUAUCUGAUGUCCCGAAAACAAUUCCGUUUACAAAACCAAAUGCUGAUCCUAAGGAAGAAAUAAAUAUUGGUGAAAAAGAUAAAAAACCUGAAGAUAUAAAUAGUUCUCAAAUGUUUUUAUCGUCAAAUAUAAUACCGAAUAUGCCGCUUAAUGUGACAAUGCCAGCAAAUAUAGUAAAAACGACAACUGCCAAUGUCACGAUGCCGCACCUUUCGUCACCAGCAACAAAUGAAAGUGAUGACAGGAAAGAUAUUAUAACACAAAAUAAGCAAUUGAAUGAUACUUUGAAACCAAUAGGACAUAAUGUUAUACAAACAGGAGAAGAACAUAAAAGUGAUGUGAAUCCUCCUCUCUCAAAUACAGGUGAUGUUUCUCAAAAAGCAGACACUAAGCAGUUAAAACCUAAUGAUUCUUCCACUGAACAAUUAAAUCCCAAUGAUAAUACACAAGCUCUAUUGAAUAUGGAAUCUACUAGUGAUAAAUCUAAUACUGUACAACAACAUUUAACUCCAACUGCACAUUUAUUAAUUAAAACUGAUAAAAUGCCCAGUCAAUUUGAAAAUUCUUCACCAUUAUCUAUUGAUAGAAAUAAGCCUUAUCAAAGUAGUAACUAUCCUAGUGUUCAGACAAUGAUGCCUCCAGGUUUAGCAAGCAGUAUGGGUAUGAGUGUCGCAAAUAAUUCCCCAAUCAAUGUUUCUGCAAGUUACCAAAGUGGCCAUUCACCUGUAACCCAAUCUGGCACUAAUGUACAAUCUAAUCAUACGGUUCAACUCAGUAAUCUUUCUAAUACGCUGACUUCAUCUAUACCCAUACACAGUACAGCAGGUAAUAUCUCUUUACUACCACCAUCUACAGGUCCUAAUAUUAUGACAAGCAUGCAUAAUGUUUCAGGAAAUAUUAAUACUACUAACCAAUCAACUGGACCUCCAAAUGUGCAAGUGGGAAUUCCAAUUUCCGGAUCAAAUAUUCUCACAAAUUUGCCUCCACAUAUGCCUGGGAAUCAAAGCAGUAUGAUUCCUCCAGGUCCCCAAAACAUGAGCCCAAAUGUCAUUAUGAUGGGUUCCAAUAACGCUCCACACCCAUCUAUGCAAUCAAUGUUUCCAACUUCCCAUCAUCAAGAAAGAGCAGCAUUACAGCAACAAAUACAAGAAAUAUAUUGUCUACUUCCUUCAAAUGAAAAUCAGGAAAAAGUCCGGUGUCUACAGGAAAGGUUGUCAAUGCUACAACAGCAUGAGACUAAUGAUCGUUGCAGCGGGGGUCCUAAUUGUAUUUUGCAAAAUCCUAUUUAUGGAUCGAAAAUGGUCGAAAGUCCUCAGGUUACUAGUACUACUGGGCGAGGUCGAGGAAAAGGCCCAACAAAACCUAGAAAACCUCGAGCGAAAAAAGAUAAAACAGGUGGUUUAACACAAUCCUUGGACCAAUUACCCGUUUCAGAAGAUUGCGUUACAGCUGGGACAGGUCUGCAAGGAAAUAUCGAUAUAGAUCCUGAAAUGGUUGAAGAUGUAUCUAACUUGGAUAGUAGCAUUAUUUCCAUUGAUGAGUCAGGAAAGGUUAAGAAGGUAAGAGGUCCUAGAAAAAGUAAAGAAAGAAAACCACGCACUCCUAAAGAGCCAAAAGCUGAUAAAGAAAUGUGUGACAAGCCUGUUAAAGAACGAAAAAAGCGCGUACCUAAAGAUCCCAAUGCUCCGAAAAGAAAGCGUAAUGUGAGAAAGGGUGUAUCAGAAAUACAAGCUGAUACGACCACUGGAAACGACAUUUUGGAUAAAGAUAACUUUGAAAGCAGCAUGUCUGAUUCAACUUUAAUUAAAAACACAUUAAAUGAAAACACAAGUAAUUUAACUUUAGAUGAUUCAAACGUUACAGAUUUUGAUGAUAUUCCAGUUUCUAAAAUAGCCAUAAAAGAUUUGCUGGAAGAAGCUGAAUCAAAAAAAGAUGCUGAAAAAGAUGAUGAUUUAGAUUUUAUGAUAGGUAAAAAAAGAAUGUCGAAGAAACGGGGAUCUGUUGGCUCUAGCAGGAAAAUGGCACCAAGAAGGACACCUUCUGGUAAAAGAAAAAGAAGGGGAGGUAUUGUUCCAGAUUCAGAUGGCGAACCAGAUGACUUAGCGUCGACACCCCCACCUUCCCCGCCUGCAGAAGGUGAUGAUAGCUUAAAAAGGCGAUCAGCAAGGAAUACGCAACGUAAAAAAUACACUGAUGAUGUGAUGUUAAGGUUAUCUGAUGACGAAUUCUCUGCAAUGGCGCCUCGACCAGACAGGGAUUUUGACGACUCAAACCUUGAUAUAAAAGAUUUUAAUCGCCUAGACGGAACUCCAAAACCCAAUUAUAUUUACGUUAACACUACUGAUGAGGAUUCUAUGAUAGUACAACAUGUUUUAGCAAGCAGAAUGGGUAAAAGAGAAAUAAAACCUCAGCCCCAAGUUACUGAGCAUGUGCCCAAAGCAAAUGAAGAUGAUACCUUAGAAACAGUAGCACCAGUACAGAUUGAUAAACCUGUUGAUGGUGAAUUUAAAGAAGAACCUGAAGUUAAAACAGAUGAUAAAUGUAUAAAUAUUGAAACGGAAACUACAAAACCUGAAUGUGAAAACAUUGAAAACAAACAACAGGAUCCAGAGAUAAAAGACAAAAAUAGUCCUGAAAAUGAGGAUGAGAAAAAUGUUAAAUCUAUUAUAGCUGAUGUUGAGGAAUAUUAUGUUAAGUACCGAAAUUUCUCUUACCUUCACUGUGAAUGGAAAACAGAAGAAGAGCUAUAUAAGGGAGACAAAAGAAUAUUUUCUAAAAUCAAACGGUUUAAACAAAAACAAGCUCAGCAAAUGAACAUUUUUGAACUAUUUGAUGACGAACCAUUUAACCCUGACUAUGUUGAAGCGGAAAGAAUUUUAGAUAUGUCAGAAAAUCAAGACCCUGGCAGUAGUACAGUUGUAAAACAUUAUCUUGUCAAAUGGAAAAGCUUACAAUACGAAGAUAGCACGUGGGAGCUGGAGGAAGAUAUAGAUGUUGAUAAAAUAUUACAAUAUAAAGUAUUUAGUGAACUACCACCAAAGGAAAAAUGGAAAUUUAAGAAAAGACCUUCACCUGAUCAUUGGACUCAGUUAAAAGAAUCUCCUUUAUAUAAAGGUGGUAAUACCUUGAGACCCUACCAGCUUGAAGGCUUAAAUUGGCUUCUAUUCUCUUGGCACAAUAACCGUAAUUGUAUUUUAGCUGAUGAAAUGGGUUUAGGUAAAACUAUACAAAGUUUGACAUUUGUUAACUCUGUUUGGGAAUAUGGUAUUCGUGGACCAUUCCUUAUUAUUGCUCCAUUAUCUACUAUACCAAAUUGGCAAAGAGAAUUUGAAGGGUGGACAGAUAUGAAUGUUAUUGUUUACCACGGUUCUCAGCAGAGCAAAAGUAUGAUUCAAGAAUAUGAAUUCUUUUAUAAAAAUGAAAAUGGUGAACCUGUGAAAGAAUUGACAAAGUUUAAUGUCCUUAUUACGACGUUUGAAAUAAUCGUUACUGAUUUCCAAGAAUUGAGAUCAUUUAAUUGGAGAAUAUGUGUAAUAGAUGAAGCCCAUAGACUUAAAAACCGAAAUUGUAAACUAUUGGAAGGCUUAAGACAGUUGCAUUUAGAACAUAGAGUACUACUUUCAGGAACACCGUUACAAAAUAAUGUCAAUGAGUUAUUUUCACUACUAAAUUUCCUAGAACCAUCACAAUUUGCUAGUAGCGAAGCAUUUUUGAGUGAAUUCGGGCAACUUAAAUCGGAAUCGGAAGUCAUAAAAUUACAAGCUUUGUUAAAACCUAUGAUGCUGCGAAGAUUAAAAGAAGAUGUCGAAAAAACUUUAGCGCCCAAGGAAGAAACUAUAAUUGAAGUUGAAUUAACUAAUAUUCAGAAAAAAUACUACCGGGCUAUUUUGGAACGUAACUUUAGUUUUCUGCAAAAAGGUAUUGCCUCUGCAGCUAACAUUCCUAACUUAAUGAAUACGAUGAUGGAACUUAGAAAAUGUUGCAUUCACCCUUACUUGCUUAAUGGCGCUGAAGAUCAAAUUCAAUUUGAUUAUAAACAAGCAAAUGGUGAAGAUAAAGAGGCCUAUUACAAAGCCCUUAUUCAGUCAUCUGGUAAAAUGGUUUUAGUCGAUAAGCUGUUGCCCAAAUUAAAGGCUGGUGGUCACAGAGUAUUAAUAUUCAGUCAAAUGGUACGAUGUUUAGAUAUUUUAGAAGAUUAUUUACUGUACAGAAAAUAUCCUUUUGAACGCAUUGAUGGUCGUAUAAGAGGCAAUUUAAGGCAAGAAGCUAUUGACAGAUUUUCUAAACCUGAUUCUGACCGUUUUGUCUUCUUACUGUGCACGAAGGCUGGCGGUUUAGGAAUAAACUUAACUGCUGCUGACACUGUUAUUAUUUAUGAUAGUGAUUGGAAUCCACAAAAUGACUUACAGGCUCAAGCACGUUGUCAUCGAAUUGGUCAGCAGAAAAUGGUGAAAAUCUAUCGACUUCUUUGUCGGAAUACAUACGAAAGAGAAAUGUUUGAUAAAGCAUCGCUAAAGUUGGGGUUAGAUAAAGCUAUUUUGCAAAGUAUGAAUACGUCGCAAGGAAAAGAAACUGGUUUAAGGCAAUUGUCUAAAAAAGAAAUUGAAGAUUUGCUUAAAAAAGGUGCUUACGGUGCAGUUAUGGAUGAAGACAAUGCCGGGGACAAAUUUUGUGAAGAAGACAUUGAAAUGAUUUUAGCGAGACGGACACAAGUCAUUCAAAUGGAAUCGGAAAAGGGUUCUACAUUCUCAAAGGCAAGUUUUGCUGCCAACGAUCAGCGAUCUGACAUUGAUAUAAGGGACCCUGACUUUUGGAAUAAAUGGGCCAAAAAGGCUGAAAUAGAUACUACUGAAAAGAAAGAAGAUGAAGACUUAAUAGUCACUGAACCUCGAAAGAGGACCAUUAUUAAGAGGUAUGGCCAUGACGAUGGGCCUAUGGAAAUGUCGGACAUGGAAGUGACUCCUGAUUCCGAAGAUGAUGAAGAUGGUAUAAGUCUAAGAAGUAAGCGAAAAAAGGAGAAAUUUGGCCGAAAGGGCAGAAGGUAUGCUAGUGACGACUAUGUUCCGAGACAUGAAGGCAUUCCUAUAGAUGAAGAGGUCGUCUAUGGAUCAUGGACAAGAUCAGAAUGCUUCAAAAUAGAAAGAGGACUCCUCACGUUUGGGUGGGCAAGAUGGGAGGAAAUUAUUGACAGAAAUCAAUUAAGAAAAGGUUGGACGUUACCUGUCAUUGAAGAUUGUGCAAGGAUUAUAGUACUUUUCUGUCUGCGACAUUACAAAGGGGAUGAAAAAAUUCGUAAUUUUAUAUGGGACUUGAUAGAGCCAUGUGAGAAUGGCGAAGUGACCAUUUCGAGGAACCACAGCGGCUUGCACAAUCCGGUUCCCCGAGGCAGGAAUGCCAAAAAGAAAAAUAGACUUAAAGAUAUUCCUAAACAGAAUGACCUUCAAAAAUGGGAAGAUCUCAAUCAUUGGAGUUCCCACGAAAAAUAUGACUGUGAAGCAUACUUGGAAAGUAGUUAUAAAAAACACUUGUUUAGGCAUGCUAACAAGGUUCUCUUGAGAGUACGCAUGAUGUACUAUAUCAAGCACGAGGUGAUCGGAGACUACGCUACACAAAUAGAGAACGGUACUCAUGCGAGUGCUAUGGGUAUGAGAGUGCCGCGGGGAGUCGAUAGCGCACCUCCUCGACUCUGGUGGGACACAGAGUGCGACGUUUCGUUGCUAGCGGGCACUUACAAGCAUGGAUACGAAAACUAUCUCGCUAUGAGAUCAGACCCUCAACUAUGUUUUGUUGAAAAAUUGGGACCCCCUGAUGAUGCUGAGUGUACGGAUAUUAAGAGUGAAGAACGGAAAGUCCGUGGCAGCGUCGUAGGAGAUGAAGAUUGCACGGACGAAGUGUCAAGUGGCGCCGGCGCAGCAUCCCCUGCCGCUUCGCCACGCCCCGAAGAUGAUUCGUCUCACCCCUGGCCAUCCAUGCAGGACCUCAAUACCCGUCUUCGAAGACUUAUUACGGCAUACCAGAGGAAUUAUAAACGGGAGGAACUCAAGUUGCAGCAGAGAGCUAAGAUGGAGCGACGCGAACGCAUGGAUCAGUUAGUUAGGGACGAAGUGUCACAAUGGCGAUGGAGCAGAGCUGAUGAGGAGGCAUUCAGACGCACUGUUGCCUCCUAUGGUGUUGAAUUCGAUCCUGCGACAAAAAGCCUACGUUGGAAUCGCUUUAGGUCGUUGGCCAGGUUGGAUUCAAAAAGUGAUGACGCACUAACGGACUAUUUGAAAGCCUUCAUGGCUAUGUGCAAGAGGCAAUGCGGACUUUCUGUCGGAGAAGCUGAAUUACCGACCAGAGCAGAUUUGAAAGCAGAACCAAUCGGAGAAGAAAGAGCAAUCGCUACAUUGGAAAGAAUCGAUCUGCUCCGGGUAUUGCGAGAGGAAGUGGCGCCACACCCUGCCCUAGAGUCUCGUCUUUCUCUUUGCGAACGCUCACUAGACACGCCUUCGUGGUGGCAACCAGCUCUUCAUGACAAAUACCUUGUACUUGGAGUGUGCAAACAUGGAUUAGGAGAUACAUUCACUAAACUGUUUUGUGAUCCGAAAAUGCCAUUCGGGGAUUCAGCUAGAAAAUGGUACGCCAAAUGUAAAACUACCAACAAAAGUGAACAGAGACAGAAUUCAGACGAUGAAGAAAAAGUAUCCACUGAUGCUGCCGAAACACGCUCGCUGCGACGUAGCAAGCGAACGACCAACGUUCCUGAACGUGACGAGGACGAUAUGGACGCCCUAUCGGAACUAGAGACACUCGCAAAACUCGGCAGAAUUGAGGAGCCCCUAACUCCAGAACAAUGGUUUUCCGAAAGAGCCCUGGAAACCCGUCUCCACCACAUAGCACAUGCGGUACAGAACUGCGAAUGGCCCGCCGCUUCGACCUCUAAAAAUGAAGAAGUCCCAACUGAUGAAGUGAGGCCUCAGAAAAGACACAUCGCUAUCGACGUCGAGACAGAACGCGCUAAGCUACAUGCGCUCUUAUCGUCACCACAAGCAGCGCAUACGAAUAGUCGUGAACACAGAAAUGCGCCUCCUACUAAUUUGAUUGGAAUGAGGGAAGGCGACGAUGCCUCGAGUGAUUCUAGUUCCCGAAGGUCGACGCCGGCUCCGCCUCCCGCCCAUCAACGCGUUGCUCCUUCUCCGGCACCGUCGGUUCCACCAUCACCCUCGACUUCGGCGCCGGUAGAUCUGUCAGCGCCGUUGGACCUCAGUGAGGUUCAAGAUUUCUCCAUGGGCCGGAAAACACCACAGGACACACCGUCCACUGCACCACCUAGAAGCAGAUUAGACGACACCCUAAGUAGACUCAUGAAAAGGAAGAAUGUGCCUGCACCUGAGCAAAUUGUUGGAAAGGAUAAGAAGAGAAAGAAACUGGAUGAAAUCGUUCUCGGCCUAUCUGCAGCAAAAGGGCGGAGUUCCAGCACAUCAAAUAGCUCAGUGGAGCCUCCCCGUACUAAAACUGCGACCAUUCUACCUGAAGUAACCGUGACUCCCGCCGCCCCUCCAUCUACCUCUACGGCCCCGCCACAGAAACCAUUCUCUGUGACAGUCACAAAUGUCCCAUCACCUCACACCUCAUCGAAGGAAUUAUCAUCAUUUCUUCAGCAAUCUUUGGAGCAAAGUAAAACUCCAAAAGCUGCACAGUCUAUACAAACAAAACCAUUUUCUCACGAGGCUAAAGUAAAUAAGUGGCUUGCAGAACAAGCCAACGUUGACAAUAGACGAAGGGGCGUUGCUCCGCGUUUGUCGCCCGAAGAACACGUCCCGGUAGUCCAUAGAGUGACCGGGAAACGCCUUGUGGGUCAUAAGGCUCCUCAAUUGAAGCACUUGGCGCAUUGGAUUGCCGAAAAUCCAAUGUACGAUAUAGACUCUAAAUGGACUGAAGGUAUAAAAGAACAUGUCAAAUUACCUCAAGAUGUACGAAGCCAGCGGCAUUCCCCUAUGCAAAGUGCACCGGUACCAGAACGGAAAAAAGGAAGACCUCCUACUCUAGAUUCAUCUUCUGCCAGUGUUCUCUCAAACACACAUUUAAAUCAAAAUCUUGCCGGUCUCAACCCCGCCCUCUUGGCGAGUCUGUCUAGUCUUAGUGCUUUUGAUCCUAAAACACUUGCGGCUACUCUAUCCAACCUUACUGGUUUUGAUCCAAAGUUAUUAUUAAAUUCCUUUAGUGGAAUGCCUAACUUAUUGGGCAACAUGGCUGGUGGAAAUAUAUUUUCUAAUUUAGCUGGCCUUGGAUUGCCUGGCUUUCCAUCACUUGAUAUGAAUACUGUAAGUGGAAGUAGUAAUGCAACAGAUAGUAAAUCUAGUAAAGCAAGGAAGCCAACGGAGUCUACGAGCACAUCUUCUUCAAAAUCAUCAAGCUCUCAGUUUCCGUUUGUAUUUUCAAACCCUAACAUGUUAUAUCCACAGCUUGGAUUGAAUAGUUUGUCGCCAUUUGGUGUGCAUUCUGGUAUGUCUUCACCAUAUGAUGCACUUGGGCUUUUAGGGAGCAAUUUAGCUGCAACAUCGAGCAGUUCAAGUCUUCAUAACACCAACCCGGGAUCUCGUAGUUCCAAAACCACUACGCCCAGAUCUUCAACAGUUGUUACACCAACUUCCACUUCACGGCAACAGAAAGUUUCGGACCGUGCACAGUCAUCUAAUUUGCCUCAAAUACUAUUACCUCCCGAUCCAUACUUAUUAGAAUCGAUUUCUAAACAGUCAAUGAAUUUUGAGGCUUCAAUGAAACAUGAUAAAAGAGCGCGGGAGUCUGACAUACAUGAAGCCGCAGCCACAGACUUGUCUAAAGUAGAUAAAAAAAAGACACCUUAUGAUGCGUUACGUACUCAUAUGCCACCAGAAUUUGCAGCAGUUCAAGAGAAAUUAUUAAAGGGUGAUAAAAAAGAUAUUGAUGUUAACAAAAUGUUACUUGAACAAAUGGCUUCCGGAGCUCUCAGUGCGAGCCUUGUCAGUUCUGUUGAAUCAAAGAAAGGUAAAGAGGAAAAGGACUCUUUUGAAAAGUUAUCAAAACAAGAUUAUAUGACGCGACUAGCAGCGGAAGAGCCUAACAUUUCGUCACCAAAUAAAAGAGUGGUUGAAGAUCUUAACACCGAACCAGAGAAUUUAGCUUUACAACCAACAGCAAAAAAGCUUAAAGAAAGUCAAGAUACUGCGACCUCUAGAAAUAAACCAUCUGAAUCCUCUACACAUGCAGCUGAAAUGGAUUUGGAAGAUUUAAUAGCACCUUCCACAGUGAUUAAAACUGGAGUGAAAGCUAGCGAUUUUGAAAUGAAUCGAGUCCCAGAAACAUCAGCAAGCCAUGGUCUAGAAAGAGAAGAUAAACCACAACCCUUACAUAUAAGUCCAAAUCGUAAUGAAGAGAGUAAUCAACCAAUAGUUGACUGUUCAGCCAAUAAAUAUGAAAAUGAACGAAGAGACGACAAUCACCCUGAGGAUAUUAACAAUGGGUGUGAAAACUCAGAUAACCGCAAGGGCAAUAGAAAGAAAGCUCGAAAAUCUUCUGAAGAAUCUAUUGGCGGUGCUCGACGUGAACUGAGAUCGAGUUCCACCAGACAGUCAUUUGACUCUAAUAAUUAAAAUUAGUUCGACGUAAAUGCUAUGUAAAUGUUGGUUAAUCAUAAAAAAUAUUACUUAAAUAAUCAGUAAUGAAAUAGGUAUUAUCAUAUUUGUUCGUAAACAGAAUAAUAAUUCUGUUUCUUUUU